AUGGAAACUAACACCUCUGAAAACAACCCUCUAGAGGAACAACCUUCUAAAAUCCUCGAAACAGAUAUCGAUCCCAAUCAUAAUCCAACCCAUGAACCUGAUCCUAAGCCUGACCCUGCUGACACCGGAACUUCCAAUUCUGUGUCUGACUCUCCAAAGCCUGAGGUCAAAACUGAAGAUUUGGAGAAAGCAACUGAUGUUGAUCAGGGUCAAGAGGUUGAUGACAACAUGGAAAAGAUAGAAGAGGCUCCUCCUGAUGAAAUCCAUUGUACUCUCAAAUCAGUCUCUGAAGAUAUCGACCAGUUUCUUUUGAUUUUGUCAUCCCAGAAAGGCAAAAAGGAAAUUGUUGUAAAAGAAGGCACGAAAGGUGAUGAUGAUGACAAGAAAGAUGAUGAAAAAGAAGGAGAAAAUGAUGAGAAGGUGGUCUCCAUGGAUAUUCCUGUAUUUGUUGAGAAGUUUUUGGAUCUUGUUGGAGAGCUUGUUGUAGAAUAUGAAUCCGUUGAAGGGAAAGGGAAGUGGGGCCAAGUUCCGGAGGAUGAUUUGUCAUUUCUUGACGCUGUAAAUCGGGUUUCUAAGCUAACAAACUCCCUUGCUGAGUUCAAAGCGGAUCCAAAUAAUUGCACUUUGGUCAAUUAUAUUGGAGGGAUCUACCAAAGAGCGAUGUCCUUCUUGGAGGAUCAAUUCAGGUUGCUUCUUGAAGAUUAUAAAAGUAACAAUGAGGUAGAAAAUAACGUUGCGAAGCAGCAGGAAGAAAACGAUCGCUGCGUGUUACCCGAACCUGACGAUCAAGUCACCGAGGAAGACAAUUUCACAGGAUAUUCUGAGGAUGUUGUUGCAAAUUUGAAUAGGAUCGCCAAGGAGAUGAUCUCAGGAGGAUAUGAAUCUGAAUGCUGUCAGGUUUACGUGAUCACAAGGAGGCAUGCAUUUGAUGAGUGCUUGGACAUGAUGGGAUUUGAGAAGAUAAGCAUUGAUGAGGUGCAAAAAAUGCAAUGGGAAGCAUUGGAGAGCGAGAUCCCUGCAUGGAUCAAGACCUUCAAAGAUUGUGCAACAAUCUAUUUCGCUAAAGAACGCAAGUUUGCCGAGGCUGUUUUCUCUGAUUUCCCAUCAAUCUCUUCCUCCCUUUUCAGCAAUCUUGUGCGAGGAGUGAUGAUCCAGCUCCUCAAUUUCACUGAAGGUAUUUCGAUGACAAAGCGCUCUGCAGAGAAACUAUUUAAGUUUCUAGACAUGUACGAAACUUUGCGUGACAGUAUUACAGCAAUGGAUGAUUUAUUUCCUCAGGAAUCUGAAAAUGAGCAUAAACCAGAAAUGUUAACAGCUAAGUGUCGGAUUGGAGAGGCCGCAAUUAGUAUAUUUUGUGAUUUGGAAAACUCCAUCAAGUCUGAUACAGGAAGAACCACAGUUCCUGGUGGUGCAGUUCACCCGCUGGCUCGCUACACAAUGAACUAUUUGAAGUAUGCUUGUGAGUACAUGACAACCCUUGAGCAAGUAUUCAAGGAGCAUUCGAAAAUCGAACGAGCUGACUCAACAAGUAGGCCACAUUUCGAAGGCAAGACUCAAGACUUCAAGAGCAACAUUAACGCCGGAGAAAACAAUUCACCAUUCUCAGCUCAAUUGGUGAGAGUUAUGGAUUUACUAGACUCAAAUUUGGAGGCCAAGUCAAAGCUUUACAGGGAAAUCGCAUUAAGCAGCAUUUUCAUGAUGAAUAAUGGACGCUACAUCUUGCAGAAGAUAAAAGGCGCAGUGGAGAUCCAUCAAGCAGUGGGAGACGCUUGGUGCCGCAAGAAAUCUUCAGAUCUUAGAAAUUUCCACAAGAGUUAUCAGAGAGAGACAUGGGGUAAGCUGUUGGGUUGUUUAGGUCACGAGGGUCUACUAGUGAAUGGAAAAGUAGUGAAACCAGUGCUGAAAGAGAAGUUUAAAAACUUCAACUUGAUGUUUGAUGAAAUCCACAGGACCCAGAGCUCGUGGGUUGUGAGCGAUGAGCAGCUUCAGUCUGAACUUAGGAUUUCUAUAUCCGCAGUGGUGAUACCGGCGUAUCGAUCAUUCUUGGGAAGGUUUUCGCAGAAUUUGGACCCUGGAAGGCAAUAUGAGAAGUACAUAAAAUACCAGCCUGAAGAUAUAGAGACUUGUAUUGAUGAGCUUUUUGAUGGAAAGAAGAGACCAUAAUAACCAUGCAUGGAUGAACAGAGAUUAUAAAAGCAUUGAAGAAUGAUCAGUUGAAACCACAUUGAUAAUGCAAAUUAAAGCUGGUUUUAGUCAUUUUUAAUUUGGUGCUGAUUACGCAUGGUAAUUAAAAUGGGUUAAUCACUUUUGUUCUAAUUCUUUUCCUAUACUGAUUGAAGUGGCUAAAGCAAGUUCUUAUUGGGAUUUUGAGGGAGGUGAUCCAGCUCUAUAAGACUAUUCAUCUUCUGUAAUUUGUUUGUUCUUAUAUUUUGUAUUAUGGACAACAUGCACGAUUCUGAUUGUAAUCUUGGUGAUCUAUACCUUUGUCAGUUUUUUUACAAUUUCAAUAAA